AUGUGUUUGGGAGUUCCUGAUGUAUCUGCUCUGAAGCACUUGCGGGAGUUGAAAAUUAAGAGAUGCAAUCAGUUGACAGAAGUUACAGGGAUUGAGCAGUUGGAGUCGUUGCAAAAAUUGGUGGUUACUGGUUGCAUGUCGAUUAAGAAGCUGCCCGAUCUAUCUACUUUGGAGCACUUGCAGGAGUUGAAAAUUACGGGAUGCAAUCAGUUGUCUGAGGUGAGGGGGCUUGACAAAUUGGACUCAUUGCAAAUAUUAAGGAUUACUGAUUGCGCUUUGAUUAAGACGCUGCCUAAUCUAUCUGCUUUGGAGCAUUUGCGGGAGUUGACAGUUACUGGAUGCAAUCAGUUGACAGAAGUCACGGGGAUUGAGAGAUUGGAGUAUUCAAGAUAUCUAACGAUUGAUGAAAGGCUGAAGAUGCGAAAGAUGAGUUACAAUAUGGUAAAAACGGUGCCUGGGAGAUUAGAGCCGCUACAGAGGGCUAACAAUUCGCGCCCCAAGAUGUGGUCCAGAUUCCGGAGCUGCUGGGGAGUUUGUCGCAAGGAUAGUGAUAUCAUAUCGCUUUAG